AUGCUGAAUAGCCUGUUUAUUGUGAAUACUUCUGGAGAUGUGUUGCUGGAAAAACAUUGGAAGUCAGUGAUUCACCGCUCUAUUUGUGAUUAUUUCUUUGACGCACAGAAAAAGGCCGCUUCUCCUGAGGAUGUGUCUCCGGUGUUAUCCACCCCUCACCAUUACUUAAUCAGUGUCUAUCAUAAUCAAGUUUAUUUUCUGGCAGUAACGACUACAGAAAUUCCUCCUUUAAUGGUAAUUGAAUUUCUACAUCGUGUAGUUCAUACAUUCUCGCAAUAUUUCGACGAGUGCUCGGACACUUCUAUCAAGGAAAACUGUGUCAUGGUGUUUGAGCUUCUCGAUGAAAUGUUAGAUAAUGGAUACCCGCUGGUUACUGAAUUAAAUAUCCUCCAAGAUCUCAUUAAACCACCAAAUUUCCUUAGAAGCAUCGCCAAUCAGGUGACGGGUCGAACAAAUCAUUCCGAAACAUUGCCGACUGGACAACUUUCAAAUAUCCCAUGGCGUCGUCAAGGUGUCAAAUACACGAAUAAUGAGGCAUAUUUCGACGUUAUCGAGGAAAUUGAUGCUAUUAUUGAUAAACAAGGAUCUACGGUGUUUGCUGAGAUUCAGGGCUAUAUUGAUGUCUGCUGCAAAUUAUCCGGAAUGCCUGAUCUAACAAUGACGUUAGUGAAUCCACGCCUUCUCGAUGAUGUUUCUUUUCACCCAUGUGUUCGAUUCAAACGAUGGGAGAACGAACGUGUCUUGUCAUUUGUACCUCCAGACGGGAAUUUUCGCCUAUUAUCUUAUCAUAUCGCCACUCAAAAUAUGGUCGCUAUACCAAUUUAUGUCCGACACUGCAUAGUCUUGAAAGGAGGCACAGGGAGUCGAAUAGAGAUGACCGUUGGACCUAAGCAAAGUAUGGGAAAGAUUUUGGAAGACGUUGUAGUAGAGAUGUCAAUGCCAAAAGCAGUUCUCAACUGUAACUUGGUGCCGUCCCAAGGGAAGUGCACAUUCGAUCCGACAUCACAUGUUCUUCAAUGGACAAUUGGCAAGAUAGAACUUGGGAAACCACCUAACAUCAAGGGAACGGUAUCUGUUUCUGGAACAACAACAAUUGAGACACCUCCAAUUUCACUGCGCUUUCGCAUCAAUCAACUUGCGGUUUCGGGACUUAAAGUGAACCGCUUGGAUAUGUAUGGAGAAAAAUACAAGCCUUUCAAAGGAGUGAAGUACAUCACCAAGGCGGGGAAAUUCCAAAUGCUGAAUUCUGGCCAGCUAAUAGCUCGCCGAUUCAUGCAGGCGACAAGGCCACUGGGUAUCCCUCAGAGAAAAUUCGAUGAAGUUCUUCCACCGGAAGAGGCAGGAUGGGCCUUCAACCAUAUUGAGAAGAAGAAAGGCCUUUACAAGCCGAAACAUACCAUAGAAGAGCAGAUUGCUUACAUGAAGAGUAAAGCUUUCUAUGACGCUUACAAAGGACUACCCGUAUAUCGGUGGUAUAAGAGGAAUUUCAAGGGACAAUCAAUUCUACAACCACCUCCUCGACUGUUUUGCAUAGAUAAGCAUGGGCGAUUCAAUGUUAACAAUGCUUGUCCGAUAUGUCGCGACGAGUAUUUGUUCUUCGACUUCCGAAAUCCUGCAUUAAUCGAGCAGUUUCUCUCAGAUGGAACUCACCAUCCCAUAGAUAUCUUAAAGAGUGGCCUUUGUCGUGAGCAGUAUGCUCUGUUGAAAGCUCAGCUACUUGCUGCGAAGGAACACGGUACAAUAACCUUCGGUGUUGAUUUCCGAAAUUUCGAUUACCGGGAUUGGUAUAAGGACUGGAAAGAGCCACCAAUGCCUCCUGUGGAAAGAGCCGGUAUCCGACUUCAGGAUAUCCAUCCUGAUCCUUUGGUGUCAUUUCCGGUGUUCAAACGCGACUACAACAACGACUGGGACCAGUGGUGGCUGCGGCAUGACAAAUUUGCCAAAAAAGCAAAAUGA